AUGGCCGGUGUUUGGGAAAACAUUACCCCUCAUUGGGUAGGAAACAAUGGAGCAACAAGAAAACCUGAAAUGAAACCCAAACCAAUUCGCCCUACUGUCGAAGACCUGUUUAACGACCCUUCGAGGUCCAUUUGCGACCUCAAUGAUACGGAAAAAGAGCGAUAUGAGAAUAUUCUCGAGUUCUACCGUUUUUAUAUGACAAACUGGGAUGACGUGCGUGAGAACCUCUUGAUGGUUUAUACGGAGAUUAUGGCAUCUCUGUCACUCAAGAACCGCUCUCUUAUUGGGACCGAACGUUCCGUCCGAAUCAUCUUACAGAAUCUCAAGCGAAUGUAUGAACCUUCUCUCCUUGCUCAACAACGAAAAUUCCUCAGGGAAUGGGACCAAUUACGUCGUCGUCAACCACCUCAAUCGAAUAUUGAAGACUGGAUUCCCAGGUGGCUUCUUGCACAUUUGCUAGGAAGAGAGCUUAAAUUAUGUGAAUUCGACGGUGAACUUUAUAUGAUCAAGUCUUUCCUAAGCUCAAUUCGGCAUAUUUCACCCAAGUUCUAUGCUAUGUGGAGUGCAAUGUUAUGCGGAUGUGAAGAUGAGACGGGUGAUCGUUUGAAAUACUUCCUGGAGUGUUAUGCCCGAUACAUAAAACACGAUCGGCCUAAAUUGACGAAACAAAGAGUUUGA